CCUCGCCAGCCGAGCUUCACAAUAAAAUUAUUCGAGAAGAAACACGCGGCUUUUCUUCUCCGACGCGUCGCAGACCCUCGAAUUACAUCCGGACCGCCGCAGAACUGCUGGUCAUCUUCGCUGCGACACCAAGUUCUCCCCAUCAUGUACUAGACGCCAACCGCCCACAGCAUGGCCGAACUUACGACAUUGGAUGCGCUGCAGGCCCUGCACAGGGACCUGGUGGCGUUGAAUAAGGGUUUUGGAGAGGGUAUCAUCGAAAAUGAGGCUCUCUUGCAGAUCUUUGAACAAGAGCUUGAGCUCUUCUGGACCAGACCACAGAAGAAUGAACAAAGUCGCAACGCGUUGAAAACAGGUAAAAUCACUAUCGAUGGCGAGGAAUUCUCCGUCAACACCAAAUUUCAGCAAGACGCUACUAUCCUGUCGGACGAGCUUGACCUCGACGAACUGCGCGCCGCACGAUUGCUCCUCGAUUCACAAGAUGAUCCUUCUAUGCUCGGUCGAUCUCUGCUCGAAUGCGCAAUAAUUCGCUUCCAUCAACAGCGCAAAUACGCCCUCGAUAUCCUGCGCCUUCUUUUAAACGCCGAGGACGACGAAGAUGAAGAUGAGGACUCUACCGCGUUGGAUGGCAUGAAAGUCUACGUCGAAACACGAUUGCUCCAGACAGCCGUUGGCGCCAAACGAUACAGUGCUCGCUGUAUUGCUUCCAUGACCGACAUUCGGCAAUGGUUGCAGAAGCUGGGCGACAAGAUCGCCGCCGCCCAAGCACUCAACCAGAGCAAAGCUGGUGAGCGACAAGAGGAAAUGGAAACAAUUGAGUUUGCUCGUGUCAGCCUUAUCCAGCAGCACGAAUUGCUCGGCAUUAUCCUAUCUUGUAGCAUCGAAAAACGACAAGUCAAAGACAAUGAUUUCCUUGACUUUGUCAACAUGUUGAAGAAAGUGGACAAAUACGACACACUAUUAGUUCACUUAAUACCCGCUUUGGGAUCAUACAUCUCUGUAUUCGGCUCAACCGAGGGCGGCUACGAUCUCAUUACCGUCAGACAAAUCAACCAAAAACUGUUUCCAAGCAACGACGAGCCGACAUGGCCGCUACCGCAUUUGCAGGCUGCAUUCAGAGCAUGGUGGUUGGCUGAAUAUAGUGGCUUUUACUUGGACGACCCUCCAGAGUCAGCGAUUCCACCAGGCACCGAUCUAGACGAAGAAGACCGCGCACGAUCAAAACGAUUCAUAGAAUCGCUUAAGGAUGGCGCCUUUGACUUUUUGUUGUCGAUAGCUGGCGAUGUGCGCCCUCCAGACUGGCAUGACUCUGUACGAACGGCUAUGCGAAAAUGGCUUCAACGCAAGUCAACUCCCCUUGCUGCAGAGUCUGUCCAAUUCUCCGACUUCUUCCAAACCUCUCUCAUGUCACAGUUGGAGGUAUUUGUCGAUGCCUUUAUCUCCAAUCUCCCCGAUGUCCUCCGCAAGCUUCGCGUCGAAGAAGAUGAGCAACGCCAACUCAGCCAGGCUCACGAACAAGACUUGGACUUGGAGCGCUUCUUGUUGAUUAUUGCCUACGCUUAUGAGGGUAGGCCGACGGCGGCAUCUAGCUUCUGGUCCGAUCCGGACAGCAACUUGGCAGGUUUCAUGCACUGGGCCUCUCGACGGGCCUCUACGCCUCUAGUUGCCGCGUUCUGCGAAAUGCUUCAGUCGAUAUCUGAAAACGACGAAUGCGCGACGGCUGCGCACGAAUUCCUCCUUGAUGAGGGACAUCACUCGUCGGGAAAGAUGCGCCGAGCCCAAUCGCUUACAUGGACCCAAAUCUUCAAGGAGUUGGAGUUUUUCUCAGAGAAAAUUCGCCACAAGCCUACGCCGGCUCCCUCCACCAGAUAUCGCGCGAAUAAACCAACGACCGAGCUUGUGGAGACUGAGCCGGAAUCCGCUAUGAUGCUGGAAUGCUACCUCCGGCUCAUGAGCAAGCUAGCAGGCGAAAGCGAGACUACGAGAGUAUACCUACUACAAAAUGGCAGCUACAAUCUUGUAGACAUGCUCUUUGAGCUAGCAAGCAGCCCCAUUCCUUCUCGUUUACGAGGCUGUGUCUUUACAGCCUUCAAGGCAUUGAUGACACGCAAGUCCUUGCAAGAAAGCCACCUCAUGUGGGCUUGCCUCGAGAACUGGAUUACAGGAGGGUAUGCUGCGUCCGCAGCUGGGCCUCAGCGCCAAGUCCAGGCUCAGCCUGUCAUAUCCAUGGACCGUAUCCUGGACGAGAUGAGCAACGGCUUUGAAGACCCAGAGUCGUUUAUUCAGUUCCUCCUAGCUCUUGUCGCGCCAGCCAAGGAUACCAGCUCCCUAAACGACUCUCUCCCCUUCUCCGAUAACCUUGGAUCGACAUCGAGAAACCCAGGCGUAGAAGUAUACGUCGACUUCGUUAUCGGCCUCGUGUUUGCUACCAAAUUGCAGGAUCUCCAGGAUGUUCACCAGACACGCGUGCUGCGACUAACAUGUUUGGAUUUCAUUCUUACAUGCCUGUCUACAUUCAAUGAAGAUUUGAUCGUGCUGGCGAACCAAACAAACAUUAACAUCGACAAGGUCAUUGCGGCAACAGACUUGGCCACGUAUGUCAAGAAGCAUCCGUUUGCUCGCAUCAUGGAAUGGAUGUACAACGACAAGGUGAUGACUGCUUUAUUCGCUGCCAUUCACCACGAUCCUGUGGAGAUUGGAAACGCAUCCCCGGACUCCCCCCUCAUCCUCGGUAUCCUGAGAGCAGUGGAGGUAGUUUCGAAGGUAUUGGACCUAGAGGCUACAUAUAAGGACCUUGUCCGCCCCUUGAUCAAGAUGAACCCAAACCAGCAUCGCCAGCCUGUCGCCAAUGCCGGCUAUGCGUCGUUUGAGGACGGCUUGGUUACCAGAUUGAACCUGGUAGUGGACCUAGGUACCUUCUGCGGCAUGGGCCACCCAGACCUCACUCUGUCAUCAUUAAAGCUUCUUGAAAAGAUGGCAGCAUCACCCAAAAUCACAGCUCAAUGGUCUGGCUCUCCUCAGAACGCGCGACGAAACAAGGCCGUUGUUGCUAUGGAAGCAAACGGCGAGCACGAAGCUAUCUCCAGAUCCUUCAUGUACGAGUUGAUGGCACCAUUAGAGCCAAACCGAGAAGCGGAGUCCGCUAGCUACAUAACGAAGCGAUAUAUCCUAGAUUUCCUGUACGAAUGCCUACAGGCCACACCACGCCAACCAACAAUUGCACACCUACUUCUCGGCUUCAAGUGCGGUGUCGAUUCACUCUCUGUAGACCCUUCGGGAGCCUUUGCAUCGCGCACCUCGUUAUUCCAUGGAAUUUUGCGACUUUUGCUCGAGCUCCCGUCGAACGAUGUGCAGGGAAUGCGUCAAUGGUUAGUGUCGCUCAAGUCACGCAUCAUGGCCAUUCUCCAAAUCCUCUGGAGCUCUCCGCUCUCUGCCAGAAUUGUCAUUGAGGAGCUUAGAGACAAUGAGUUCCUGUUCCACUUACUGAUGCGCGAGACCGUCAUCCAACCGGAUCUCCCGUGGGAGGGCCAGCACUUUGGCGCACCAUACUUCCCAGUAACAGAUGGUGCCUCAACACUUGUGGACUUUUUGGCAUUGCGAAGCACUACAUUGGAAUAUUUCGCCAUGGAACUGUGCAUGAUCUCACAGGGUCGCAUGCCCAGCAUCAAGCGAAGAAUCUUUGAGGCCCUCAAUGGCCAAAUCAUUGGCGAAGGCAAUGAGCGCAUCCAAACACCGACAAUAUUUGAUCUCUACGACUUCUUACUACCGGAUGGCCUUUGGGAUACAGCUUUGCCUCCAUUACAGUUCUACAGCGAUUUAGACUUGUCGACGUGCGUUACAACAGACGCGGACCAGAUCGGAGUCCGUGACGUGGAGCGAGUGAAGCAGAUUCUUCUGCUGAAACGCGGCGAGAUGCAGACGCCAGGCAUGGUGAUUUCUGUCCAAGAGCUUGUCGCUCUGGAACGUGAGGAGACGUCUAUUAUCGACCAUAUUCUAUCAUGGGAUCGCCAACAGCAAAUCAGCGCCAAGAGCCUCAAGGUCCUCCGGUCAUGGAGCCGACUCUUGCUGGUCAUGGUGGAAUGCAACGACUACGAGGGCACGGCCAAGACUUCCUUCUUCUUGCAAGGUCUCCAGGCCAUCUUACCCAGUCUCGAGGCCUUUGCCGUUGACCGUCCCACCGAGGCGCUCGACCUAGCCAAGCUGGCGCGCAUUAUGCUUUCUCACCUGGAUCUCAAGGCAACCGAUACAGAGGACAAGCAGAGCAAAGCCAUUGGCAACCUCAUUGGCGACAAGCUUUUCCAGUUGUUCCAGAUUUGCUUGCAGGCCGUUGGUUCGUGGGCAGGCUCGUCUGAGCUGCGCACCAUCUACUACGAGAUUUGCUACCGCUACCUAACGGGAGUGUCCGAGGACGGCUCGUCGACAUCCACCGUCAAGGCCAUCAAGGCGGUCCAAGUCUACGGUGAGCGUCUGAUUAACGUUGUCUGCGAUGACGCACACUCUGGCGAUCCUACUUGUCAGGCGGCCGCAUACAUCCUGCUCAAUGCGCUGAUUGACAUGGGCAAGGCGCAAAACGACUACCACGUUGUGGAAACACUCAACAGACUCAACUUUAUCGGCAUCCUUGUAGACUCGAUCCGCGACAUUAUGGAGGAGUGGCACCGAGUGUUUGCCACUGGCACAAAGGAGCAGCAGAAUCACCUCAACGCGCUGCUGGCUCUCAUACUGCAGAUUGCGCAGACACGCCCCGGCUCCAAGUACAUAUUGUACGCCAACCUGUUCCGGUCGAUUGAGCUGUCCAACCUGUUCUCCGUGGACCCGGAGCUCCAGGUAGACGAGAGCAACAGCCACGCGUUGGAGCAGCACUACGACCUGCUGGCCAAGGUGACUCGCAUUGUUGGCGCUGCGGUACUCAGCCGCGGCAGCAACAACGUGGCGCAGGGCCGCAAGUUCCUCAGCGACCACCGCAUGCUGGUGACACAUACGCUGAAGCGCAGUGCUGGCAUUGGCGCAGGUCAGGCGGACCAAGGCCUAGAAGAAAAGGUGGAAGAGCUGGCAGACGCCAUGGUUGUCGUCAUUGCCGCAACAGGUUUCCUCGAGCACGACGACGCGGCGCUUCCCGAGCCUAAAAAGUCAAACGGAUGGUUUCAUUGAGAUGUAGUAACAAGCAUAUGGGGAAUUACAGUAUCUCACCGGCGUUUACUGCUUGUUAGUGGAGGAUAAUCCUUGGUUUUAUCUUUUGUUUUAUCUUAUAAUUGCCUUGGGUAGAAUGCGUGUUGUUUUCUUUCGUCUUCUUUUUGCUUCUAAAUACAUUAAAAAGUCGUAUUUUCGCACUCGGUAUCCGUAUAAUUAAAGGCGUGUCCUCGUGAUGCGUGGUGUUGCCUAGGCUGAGGUUUGUGCGCGAGGCUGUUGAUGAUCCUGGUAUAGUAAGCGGUUAGUCGAACAAGGCUACGACGGCUGCCUCGCCUCUCCGCGAGCAACAGUAAACAACGGUUUCAGAGGCCAAGCAAUUCGCAGUAAUACCACGAAAGAGCAAUGCAAAAGAGAUUGAACGUGAAAAAUGUACAGCGUAAAAACUGAAAAUGCUAGCCCUAGCAAGCGCCCGCUAAGUAGACAGGAAAUAGAGUAGUGCUAGCCAAAUGCAUGCGCUUGUACGCGCUCAGUAUGCUCAAAAAACAAGAAAAACGCCAAAAACUCCUAGCUCCGUAUCGUUUCUACCACCUUCUAUGAGAUUUCAUCCAGCUUACGUUUGCCUUUUCUUGUCGUGGUCAUGAGUUUCAACUCCAGCGGCCAGUAUCCUUUAGUCUUGGACGUGAAUGCGUUGCGUUCCUUCAUGUCAAUUUUGGCGCGGCACAUUGGGCAUUUGCCUCGCGUGGUAUCAACGUGGAGGGACGAAUGGAGGCACUCGGCGCAGAAGAGAUGGCCUUUUUGGUGACUACAUGUUAGAAAAUGGAUGCAGAUGUAUAUACAAGCCAAAAACAUACCGCAAUGGGUCACUGUUAGCGUAGUAACGUCGUCCAUGCAAAUAACGCAUUGAAAAGCGGCCAACUUGGUGCGCUUGUCGACAAUGGGUUUCAGCAGGUCCUUGGGGACUUGCGUGGCUUCCGUCAGAUCAACGGUGGGCAGGUCGGGGUCAAUAUCUUUUCCCUUGGACGGAUGUUCACGUUUUGGGCUGCCGAAUAAGUCGUCAAGAGAGCUACUGCGGUGAUGUGUUACGCUGGGGGAUUGGGCGUGUCUGACUCUUUUUGCUGGUUGUGAUAAUGAGUUUGUCCGUGUCAUGCUGUCGGAAAACGAGGUUACGGCGGUAUCUUGGGAGAUGAAUGGUGUUUCGCUGGCACCGGCGCUUACGGCUGUGAGGUCGGUUGUUGUCCUUGUGAGAAGCCUUGGAGGCAGUGUAUUCUGCGGCUGUUCGGUUUGGGUUGGAGAAAUAACGGUAUCGUUGGAGGCAGUGAAGGGUGGAUAUGCGGAGGGAGAGGAGAAGUCUUGUUCGGCUAUGAGGUCGACGAAUUCUUGGUCGGCAGGCUCGGGACGCUGAAGAAGCUGGUCUGUCGGAGACCAUGCUCUGCUGUGGUAGUAAUUACGGGAGCUUUGCGCCUCAGGUACAGGACUCGAGGGAUCGGAGCGAACAAAGAGACUCGGAGAGCGGUGCCUAGGGCUGUCGGGGUUGUGGUUGUCGGCGGCUUGGCGGGAACUUCUAUGUGGGGGCCAUGCGCUUAAUUGUAUGGGAGAGUUUGGUUGUGUAGGCGGUGAUGGUGAGGAAGUCGUGAGGUCAUGGACUUGGGCGCGGGUGUGGCGAGUGUGUGUUUGAGUUUGUGACCGGCGGCUCAUUCUUCGCGGCGAGCGGCUGCGGGUAUUGUGCUCGUCUAUGUGGACGAUUUCCUCGCUGGUCUCUUGAGGUAUGGAGGAAAGGGGCACGUCGUCCUCAUCCUCGACGAGAAGAAAGGGUGAGGACUCCAUGCUGGGCGGCGGGGGGUUACGAGGCGGCGGGUGCCUCAGGGUUUUAUGUGGUGAAGGAGUCGUUAGGGCGGGUGGCGAUGUCGGCGUGGGAGACGGUCAUGAGGGCGCCGGUGGAGGGUUUUGGUAUGGUUAUGGCGGGCUAUUCUAGUAAGUAGAAGCUAUUCGUAGAGUAUAUGUGCGUGUCCCUGGGCUACGGGAGCGUGGUUGAGGCGAGAUGUCGUGGUGAAUGGAGGGCGUUUGUAUGGCAG